AUGGCUCCAGGUAAGGAUGCAGGGGUGGCCAAAAAGAAACAGGACUCUGCUGCUGCAUCUCGGAACCAGGUCAAAGUUUCUAAGGGUAAAGGCAAAGCACCCAAAGUAAAGCCUCGCGCUUCGGCUUCGAAAUCCAAGUCUACAGGACAAACCAAGGCUGCGAACAGCGACGGAAGUCGCAAGCGCCCAAUUCCUCUCGACGAGGAGGACAGCAGCGAUGAUGGUACGAUCAGACCUACCAAGCGACGCAAAGGAGCCAGAGGCCCCAACCCCCACGACUAUCAUGCGGUACGUGAGAUGCCUCCAGCGCUGGACCAUGGUGCGAGCUUUGCGAGAAAGUCGACCGCCCUUUACACAUGGGGAGCCAACCCCAAACUUUCCCUUCCGUCUCAACUCAAGACUCAGCCGAAGAAAGCUGAGAAAGCCAGGGCAACUACACGCAAAGAAAAGGCAGCGGUCUACUCUACGAACUCUCCGCUGUUAGGUUUCCAACCUGGUCGUGGCAACCUCUCUUCGCGGAUGACCGGCCGCAAGACACCAGGCGAUGAGGACGCCUUCCCCUUGAUGAAGCUUCCGAUCGAGAUCCGACGAAAGAUUUACAAGGAAAUUCUCGUUGUUAAAGAUCCCAUCCGAGUUCGACAAGGUUGGUCCGCAGUCUAUCCUCGAAACCGGCCUAUGGUCGAGACGAGCAUCUUACGAGCCUGCCGCCAGGUCAGAAACGAAGCAGUAGACGUGCUCUAUGGCGAUAACACAUUUCUCUACCUCCUCAGAGACACCGCCAAAUUGCCAGCCACCAACAUACUAGGUGAGAACGAAAUUGUGGUUCAUCAUCCCUUGAUGGCAGAUGAGCUUCCCCUUUCGGAAUAUGAGGGCAGUAGUGAGGACGAGUAUGACGAGGACGACCUGCUUCCAGCGGCGCGAUCAGCCCGAGACCCCGAAGUCGAGAUUGACAUCUGCCGCUACGGCCACAAGUUCCGCAAUCUCAUGAUCGUCGCAGAGCCGAACCGCUUCGACAGGGGAUACCUCCUGAGUAUGGCGAACGCCAUCGGCGUCUUCCGCAACCUGAAGCCUCUGAGGGCCCGUGUGCACACCAUCACCAUUGAGAUCACGCCUAUCCGCCAGGUUGAUACAGGCGAGAUCAGCUUUCUUGACUUCUUCGAGAAGACGUCCGAAGUCAUGCGCGCACUCAAAGGGCUGCCCUGCCAGUUCAUCCAGGUCCUCGUCAACACGGGCGGCGGCAACCAAGAGCGCAUCCGGCUCAACAUGAAGUAUGCGGCCAGAAUCCGGCGCGCGAAGCGCGGCCAGGAGGACAUUUGGAAGAACGACCAGGUCAUGCAGUCGUACCGCAGCAUGAAGGCGGGCGAGGCGCAGCGAAGCCUCGAGAAGCUGUCGGUCAUGGUUCGCGAUAUUUGGGAGGGGCCGAACGGAAGGUUCGUGGGCUCUCGGGCUGGCGAUGAUGAGAGCGACGAAGAAGACGAUUUUGGUUUUUGA